AUGAGAAAAACUCCUACCAUCCAAAAAAGAGUUGAUAAGGUAGCCAGAAGUAUCGCUAAGAGUUGCUACCCAGGAUUCCUUAAUUUUGACUUAAAAACUCACCAGCGAUGCUCAGUUUAUGCUUGAUCUCAUAAAAGGAAGAAGAAGGCUGGAUCCACAUAUACUCCGAAACCACAGCUAAGCGGGAGUUUUAGGAUCCCUAAACAAUCAGUUGAUUUAUUACCAAAGAAAAAAAUAGACAUUAAUAAGGCUAACUUUUUAUAACCCUGAAAAGUACAGACAGAAUGCAGUAUAAUCCAAGUUUGAAUACGACAAUUAAUAUUCAGGAGAACGUGAUGAUUCAAAAAUUGAUGGAUAAAUAUAAUAGAAAAUUUAAGAAGAUUGAUCAAAGUGAUGAAACUCAGAAUAGCUGAAUAACCUCUCCUUCCAGACCUCUGAAGAAGAGAAAGACCAACAUGGAAAUCUCCAUUGAGAAAAUGGCUUGUAAAGAAAGAGGUGAAAUACUCGAAGAAGAGCAUCGCCUCGAGUCUGAGAAAAUAAAACAGAAUAUUAUUGAGCAAAAUAAUAAUAUAAAUAAGGCUCUACCCAGGUUUAAGCCAAUUAAGAGUGGUAUACAGAAGAAAAAUAAAGCUAUUACUAAUAAAAGAGGCAGCUUAUCUGAAGAAGCUGAUGAUAUAAUUGCUCCAAGAUUGACCCACUCUCCUGAAUUUAGAAGGUCAGACAGGUUUAGGAGUCCUAAAAAGCAUGAAAGAAAAGGAAUGACUCCUACCGUUUCAGAAAUCAGGUCAAAGACGCACCCUAAAAUAGCAGCUAAAUUUAAUCAACAGGAAAAUAAUGAAAAUGCUUACUAUAACCAGACUCUUCAGAGUAUUGAAAAUAGAGAGUCGACUAAUGGAAUCAAGGUUCCUCAUCUAACAAAAUUGCAGAUGGGUAAUUUAAAAAUCUCCAAAGGAGAUACAACCCAUAGCUUCUUUAAUAUGAAUAGUAAGACAAGUUAUAUCUCUGAAGAAAGUAUGUCAAAUAGCCAAGACUCUCACAGUAAGGUUAAAAUUAAGAGAUCAAAGAAAUCAGUUGUCUCCCCAAGAUUUAAAAAUCUCUCAGAGAGAAGACCUGAGAAGAAUGUAACAUUUUAUGAAGAUAUGCUCAAACAAAAGAAAUCUAAGGGAUACACUUCAAGGUCUGAUUUGGGAAAGAAAAAGCUCAAACUUACAGAGAGGGCCCAACAAAACUUAGUCGAGUCGAGGAAAAACAACCUCUUCGAACUUUUUAAGAAGAACAAAUAAGAUAGGAUCUCUUUUCCAUACUAUUAUUGAUGGCAAAUCUCAACCUCCAAGUACUUCUGCAAGUGAGUAUGCUCCAAAAAUCGAUAUAUGAAAGCUGAGGCCUGAGAAAAUUAGCAAUAAUCUAGAUGCCAUCACUCUUGACGAAUCUUUGCUUUCUGCAGAAUCCCUUAGGUUCUUGAAAAUGGGUAGAAGGAAGAGCAUCUCAAUGACAAAUUCUAUUCUAAAGACAAAGAAUUUACCGAAGAAGAUAACAAAAUAAGGAUUUAAAUCAAAGGAAUAUUGACAAGAAGAACAUAAGUUAUGACUCUGAUAUGUCUUUGUAUCAAGAAUACCUUCACUUAUUGCUGAUCAAGACCAGUGAUAAGUACAUCAGAGACCGUUAUCAGUCCUAUAUCAACAAGAUCAACAUGGGAAAGCAGAAGAAGCAGUCCUUCUUCCAGAGAAUGGAGAAGGACAUCAUUGUUCGUGAAGAGAACAAGAAGGAAAUUGCAGAUAACAUGACUGUUUCCAGUAAAAGUAUCCUCUCGAAAGGAAUUCAAAGAUCAGCCACUAAACGUAAAACCAUGUUUUUCCGGAACACAACUAAGAUUAUCGAAGACAGUGAUAGCUGAUAACAAACAAAUUUUGAACUCUAUUU